AUGGCGGAUCCAAUCAGCGCCGCAUCAGCCAUCAUCACGCUAGUCACGUUCGGCAUCAAGUCGAGUUCGACAUUGUACCAGACCUUUAAAGACUUCAACAGCCAUCAUAGAUAUGUACGAGAGCUUAAAGCAGAACUAGAUGCGCUGAGUUUAGUGUUGGCGUCCUUGCACCAGGCCAUCUUGGACGAUGAGGGAGACUUUCUACUCCUAAAGCUUCCCCUAUUCAGAUGUGGCAGUGCUUGCGUAGACUUCAACAUGGUCGUCAAGAACGUGGCCAAGCAAUCCCAUGGUUCUUUAGAAAAUUUUCGGGACUGGGCAAGGCUCAAGUACCUCGGAGACGACAUCGAGGGGUUCAAAGCCCUACUGGCUGGAUACAAGUCUACUAUCACCAUCGCUCUUUGUGAUGCCAAUCU